AUGUAUAAAAUUUCUUAUUUUCUUAUUUUUUAUUUUUUAAUAUCAAAUAUUCAUGGAGAAUGUUUAGAAUUUAGUUAUAAUUCAGUAAAGAGUAUUAAACAAACUUGUGAAAUAUUGAUAUCAAAUCAUAAAGGUUUUCAAAAAUGUUUAAAAUGUUCAAUAAAUAGACCAAUGAUACCGUUAGAAAAUAUAACAAUAGCUCAAAAUUGUUCACCUGUAGUCGAACUUCAAUGUGUAGAAUUUGAUUUUAAUGAUACUCAAACAUUUCUUAAUUUUUCUCAGCAAUAUUGGAAUGUAAUCAAUAAAUUAUUCGAUAAAAAUAUAUCAAUAAAGAAAACAUUGUCAAAUGGAUUGUUUAUAAAUAUUGCAUAUGAUUCACUUGAUGUAUUAACUUUACAAACAAUUCAAUCAUUUGAAACUAUAUCAAAUCGAAAUUUUAAUGGUUUAAGAUUAGUAAUGAGAAAUCGUGGUAAUCGAACAAAACUUUAUAUUGAUUCUAAUAUUCAAAAUACAACAUUUCGUGUUUUACAAAUCUACAUUCAUUGUGGUGAUACACAAGGCUGGAAUAUUUAUAAUUACGUUCAUCAUAGUAAAAAUAAACAACAACCUAACUACAUUGAAUGCCAAAUUCCUACUACAACAUUGAUUACAACUACUCAAUUGACAACAGCUAUACGACAUACUACAUCUACCACAUUCACUUUAUCUACUACUACUACUACUACAGAAAAUUCCAGAAUACGUAUUUCGUCUACCACUGAUAAAACAACCACCACAUACAUAUUAUCUAGUAGUACUAAAAAUCUCAUACGUACUUCGACUACUACUAAUAAACCAACUACUACAUACAUUUUACCUAGUACUACUAAACAUUUCAAACGUACUUCGUCUACUACUCAUAAACCAAUCACCACGUACAAAUUAUCUAGUACUACUAAAAAACUUAGAAUACCUACUUCAUUUAUUACUAAUAAACCAACCACCACAUACAAAUUAUCUAGCACUACUAAAGAACCCAUACGUACUUCGACUACCACUCAUAAACCAACCACUACAUACACAUUAACUAGUACUACCGAAAAUCUCAUAAGUACUUCGAUUAUUACUACUACUGAACCAACCACCACAUACAUUUUACCUAGUACUACUGAAAAUCUCAUACAUACUUCAUCUACUACUUAUCAACCAAUCACCACAUACACUUUAUCUAAUACUACUGAAAACACUAGAAUACUUACUUCGUCUACGAUUCUUGAAACAGAAACACAAAUUACAUUAUCUCCAACUAAAACAACAACAACAACAACAACAACAACAACUAUUGUCGAAUGCUUAGCUAUAGUCGAAAGAAUAGAAAAAAAAAGAAUCUUUCCACGUGAUACUUAUAUACGAGCCCAAAAAAUGGCUGAAAAAACUCCAAUAACAAUUGCUAUAAUGACUCCUGGUGAUAUGGGACAUUCUAUCGGUCAAGUUCUUCUUUCUUCAAUUAAAAAUAAAUUUCGUAUAAUUACAAAUUUAACAGAUCGUAGUGAACGUACACAAAAAUUAUCAAAUUUAGCUGGUAUUAUUGAUGUUAAAACAGAUGAAGAAAUUAUACAACAAGCUGAUUUUAUUUUUUCUAUUCUUGUUCCAUCACAAGCAAAUUCAGUUGCACAACGUUUUGCACCAUUUCUAAACAAAAAUAAACAUAUUAUCUAUGUUGAUAUGAAUGCAAUAGCGCCACAAACAGUCCGUUCUAUAAGUACACUUUUUCCAUAUGGAAAUUUUGUUGAUGGUUGUAUUAUUGGUCCACCACCGGGUUCUCAUGAACAUAUACCAAUAGUGUAUUUAUCUGGUGAAUAUGCACAAAAAAUAGCUGAUCUAUUUCAAUUUACAGAUUUAAUAAAUGUAUCUGUCAUUGGAAAUGAAAUCGGUCAAGCAAGUGCAUUAAAAAUGUGCUAUGCUUCGUUAAGUAAAGGAAUAACUGCAAUUGCUACUCAAGCAUGUAUAACAGCAAAAUUCUUUGGACUUGAAGAAGUAUUUUUUAAUGAAUUAAAACAAAGUAUGCCUAAUAUAUUUGAAAAGUUAAAUAAAUCAAUUCCACAUAUGCCACCAAAAGCAGCAAGAUGGGCAGGUGAAAUGGAACAAAUUGCAAAAACAUUUGAAAAUAUCGGUUUAUCUGAAAAAAUGUUUCAAGGAGCUGCUGAAACAUAUCAAUUUAUUGCUGAAAAAACACCAUUAGGAAAUGAAAUAAUUGAAGAAAGAAAACGAGGACAAACAUUAAAUGAUGCUUUAGAAAUAAUGACUCAAUCAUUAAAGAAAAAAACCUAUGAUGAAUAG